GCUCCAUGGCAGAGCAGGAGAGGCCGUGGCAGCUCCUGAGGCUGGUCCAGGAGGGAGACCUGGAUGUGCUGUGGGAUUUGUGGAUUUCCUGAGGGAAAAAUUCCCAUUUUUCUGGAAGCCCGGCUCCAUGACAGAGCAGGAGAGGCUGCGGCGGCUCCUGAGGCUGGUCCAGGAGGGAAACCUGGCUCUCCUACGGGAUGAGCUGAGGCUGGAGGAGAUUCCAGAGGCUCCCAGCUGGCGCUGGGGACGUUUGGGAGAUUCCCUGCUGCACCACGCAGCUCGCUUGGGACACCGGGAUGUGCUGGAAUUCCUGGUCCUGGAGAUUGGGAUGGACAUGGAAGUGACCAAUGGGGACUACAAGAGACCCCUCCAUGAGGCUGCUUCCAUGGGGCACCAGGAAUGUGUGUCCUUCCUCCUGGAGAGAGGGGCGAGCGUGGACUGCUUGAAAAAGGCUGACUGGACUCCCCUGAUGAUGGCUUGCACCAGGAAAAACUUGGGAGUGAUCAAAACUCUGGUGGAGCACGGAGCCAACCCGUUGCUGAGGAACAAGGAUGGCUGGAAUUGCUUCCACAUUGCCAGCAGGGAAGGGCAUCCCGAGGUGCUCCAGUACCUCCUGGAUGUGUCCCCAAGCUGCUGGGACACGGAGAGCACCACGGGGAGAACUCCUCUGCACACAGCAGCAAUGCACGGCUGUUCCCAGGUCGUGGAGCUGCUCCUGGAACGGUGCCAGUACAAACCUGACAGCAGGGACAGCUGUGGGGUCACUCCCUUCAUGGAUGCUCUCCAGAACGGGCACGUGGGCAUCGCCCGGCUGCUCCUGGACAAACACCAGGCCUGUCCCACGGCUGUGGAUGCCCUGGGUGCUCAGGCCCUGCACAGGGCAGCUGUGACAGCCCAGGAUGGCUCCAUCCAGUUCCUGGUGUCCGAGCUGGCCGUGGAUGUCGACGGCAGAGCGACGUCGCUGCGGCUGCCAGCCCUGCACUACGCAGCCAAGGAAGGACAUGGACACACCAUCCACACCCUGCUGUCCCUCGGUGCUGAUCUCCAGGCCAAGGAUGGGAAGGGCCGUUCUGCCCUGCACGUGGCCAGCGCCGGGCAGCGCGUGGCGGCCGCUGGCGUCCUGCUCCAGGCUGGCCUCCAGGAUGCUCCUGAUGCCACGGGGACGCUGGCCCAGCAGCUGGCCACGAGGCCUGAGGUCCUCCAGGUCUUCAGGGAGCACCAGGCAGCACGUGAGCAACAGGAACCUGCUCCUCCACCUCCCUGAACCAGAACCAUCCAAGGGAAGUUCUACUGCCAGGGAUCCUCGUGGCUUUUCCUGGGAAUUUCCCCACCCUGAACACCCCCAUGGACAAGAUCCACCUGGAUCAUGGAUUUUCCAGCUCUUCAUGGACCACUAAAUUGGUUUAAUUUUCAAUUUAAUUUUAAUUUGACAUCUUUGGUUAGGACAGAGGCUCUUGAAGCUGCAUCAACCUCUUGAAUCCUUUUUGUAGCCCACAGCUGAUCCCAAAUCUUGGGAUCAAGAUUUGGGAUCAAAUCUUUUACACAGGAAUCCUGUGUAAAUUGGUUUAAUUUCUAAUUUAAUUUUUAAUUUGACAUCUUUGGGUGGGACAGAGACUCUUGAAGCUUCAUCAACCUCUUGAAUCCUUUUUGUAGCCCACAGCUGAUCCCAAAUCCUGCAGGAAUCCUGUGUAAAUUGGUUUAAUUUUUAAUUUUUAAUUUGACAUCUUUGGGUGGGACAGAGGCUCUUGAAGCUGCAUCAACCUCUUGAAUCCUUUUUGUAGCCCAGAGCUGAUCCCAAAUCCUGCAGGAAUCUUGUGUAAAUUGGUUUAAUUUCUAAUUUAAUUUUUAAUUUGACAUCUUUGGGUGGGACAGAGGCUCUUGAAGCUGCAUCAGCCUCUUGAAUCCUUUUUGUAGCCCAGAGCUGAUCCCAAAUCCUGCAGGAAUCUUGUGUAAAUUGGUUUAAUUUUUAAUUUUUAAUUUGACAUCUUUGGGUGGGACAGAGACUCUUGAAGCUGCAUCAGCCUCUUGAAUCCUUUUUGUAGCCCAGAGCUGAUCCCAAAUCCUGCAGGAAUCUUGUGUAAAUUGGUUUAAUUUUCAAUUUAAUUUUUAAUUUGACAUCUUUGGGUGGGACAGAGACUCUUGAAGCUGCAUCAACCUCUUGAAUCCUUUUUGUUUUGGUUUUUAUUCCUCCAAAAGGAACUAAAAAAAAAUAAAGGAUUUAAUUUAAAAUUUAAGGAUCUGUGGAUCCAUAAAUCCAGCUCUGGCCUCCCCACAGCAGGAAAUCAAGGGGCUGCUCCAUUCCCACUUUUAUCAUUUGAACAAACCAUGGAAUGGCUGUGUCCUCCCAAUAUUGCUGAUGAAAAAACCAGUGGGAAUACACAAAAAUAUCCAUGGAAACUCCUUAAAAACUGGG